AUGACAAGAGAUUUAGAACUUUCGGGAUACGUUGGGUUUGAUAGCCUACCGUAUCAGAUAGUUAAAAAAGAAUUGCAAGAAAGUUUUACAUUUAAUAUUAUGUGUGUUGGUGAAACUGGGAUAGGAAAGUCAACGUUAAUAAGCUCAUUGUUUAAUAUGGACAUAGAUAUACCUCGAAACCAUAAGCACACAAAUUCUACUGUCGGUUUGAAAACCAGAAAAUACGACAUAAAAGAGAAAGAAGUUCCAUUGCGAUUGUCAGUGACUGAAACUGUUGGCUAUGGUGAUCAAAUUAACAAAGAAGGAAAUUUUGAACCGAUUUUGAAUUAUAUAGAUUCUCAGUUUGAGAAAUACCUUCAAGAAGAGUUAAAAGUCAACAGAAAUCUUGCAGGAUAUCCUGAUACCAGAAUACACGUUUGUCUGUAUUUCAUUUGUCCUACAGGGCACACUCUGAAAGUUCUUGAUUUACUUGCUUUGAAAUAUUUGAGUUCGAAAAUAAAUGUUGUACCUCUGAUCGCUAAAGCCGAUAUCAUGACAAAGACUGAACUUCAGAAUUUCAAAUCUAAUAUUCAAAAAGAGCUUCAGAGGGAAAAAAUUGAAAUAUAUCAGCUCCAAUCUGAAGAUGAAGCGAAGAAAGAAUUUCAAGUUGUUCUUGAUAUUCCGUUUGCUGUUGUAGGAAGCACGGAUUUCGUUGUAAAUGACGGAAAACUUACUAGAGGUCGAAAUUAUCCAUGGGGAACAGUCUAUAUAGACAAUGAAGAUCAUUCAGAUUUCAUUAAGCUGCGCGAGUUGCUGAUCGAAAUUCAUAUGGAAGAUUUAGUAAGUUCCACUCACAUCAGACAUUAUGAAACUUACAGAGAAGAACGGUUAAAACAAUGUGGAUUCGAAGAUUUUCAACGUGGUGAUGAGCAAUUGAAUUUAAUAGAAAUACUGGAUGCAAAAACAGAGGAAAUACGCCGAUGUUUGGAAGCCGAGGAGGAAGAAAUGAUACAAUUGUUCAUAGAAAAGGCCAAAAAUGCGGAACAAGAAUUGGCAGAAGAAGAACAAAGAAUAAAAUUGAAAUAUAGAACAUUGCAGGAUCAAAAUGAAAAAGAACAAAAAAUUCUUGAUGAAGAAAAAGAAUUGCUUCAACGAGAUAUUGAUUUAUUUAAUAAGAAAAAAAGAGAGUUCGAACAAAGGAAGAAGGGGCGUAAAGUUAUUUUUUAA